CAUUGCUCAGUGUCAGAUAAAUAGGACGCUCUGGUUGUUGUGACUCCUCCUGACCAUCUUUCAAGACAUUCAGCAAAUCCAUCCAAAGGUCUUCAAGGUCCUGCUCAUUCACUUAAUCUUGGAGUCUCCUUGAGUCUUGAUAUAAAAUGGAAAAAGGUAACGGACCUCCUCCAGAUACUGAAGGUACUUCAGAAAUUCCAGAUAUCCCAGCGCCACCAUAUCCUGGCCCGCCUUUGGACCCCAGUGUGCUCACCAGUCAGCCUAAUCCUGUUGGUCAUCCUGCUGCUCAGAAUAAUGCUCAGUACGACAACCAGCCAGUGUCCAAGUCUGUUCAUCAGGAACAUUCCCAGGAUGUUAAUCAGCAGAAUCCUCAGCCUGUUGGUCAGCAAAGCGCACAGCCUGUUCCUCAGCAAUACCCCCAACCUGGAGCUCAGCAAUACCCCCAACCUGGAGCUCAGCAAUACCCCCAACCUGGAGCUCAGCAAUACCCCCAACCUGGAGCUCAACAAUACCCCCAAUCUGGAGCUCAGCAAUACCCCCAACCUGGAGCUCAGCAAUACCCCCAACCUGGAGCUCAACAAUACCCCCAACCUGGAGCUCAACAAUACCCCCAAUCUGGAGUUCAGCAAUACCCCCAACCUGGAGCUCAGCAAUACCCCCAACCUGGAGUUCAGCAAUAUCCCCAACCUGGAGUUCAGCAAUAUCCCCAACCUGCUCAGCAACCAGUUGUGCAGAAUAUUGCCACAAUACAACAAAAUCAGCAUCUUCACUCAGGUAACCAGGUGUUCUUGGUGCAACGCUUGCCUACUGACGUUGCUGGAAGUAUGCUUUGUCCGCAUUGCAAGAACACUGUUGUGACUUCGGUUGAAUACAAAGUGGGCAUGCUAACCUGGAUCAUUUUUGGAGUGCUGUUUUUGUUUUUCUGCUGGCCGUGCAGUUUCAUUCCCUUCUGCGUGAAUUCUUGCAAGGAUGUCCAGCAUUCCUGCCCACAGUGUAACAACGUCCUGCACCUCUACAAACGGAGGUGAAAUCCAUCAGUGCCUGACACGUAUGCUGGACAUCCAUUAAGAUGGACUGUAAAUACAUUUAUUCAGUUUUCCUGAUGUCUUUUAUUAAGCUGUUAAAACGUGACAUGAACUUGUACUGAUUUACUCUGAAUUAUGUUUCAUUGCUAAAGGGUUAUUUUUAUAACUGGGUAUGAUCAUUUAACUCAAGAGCAGGAGUUAAAUGCAGCCUUUAUUUUCUCUGACAAUAAAGGCUGCAGUAGGAAACUUAUCAAAAUGUAUUUGACACUUUAAAAACUGUCUCUAUCUUGUGACAAUUUAAUAUACCAUGGGGUAUUGUUAUCUCUAGAAAUAUGCUAAUAAGAGCCAGGAGGAGGGUCGUAGCACUGUCAAUCAUGCUUGUGUACAAGAUGCAUGGUGUAAGCCUUGAUAAGAAGGGAAAAACAACUUACAGUUACAGGAAAACUAAUUAUCUGUCAUCAUAUUUGGCUUUGCUAAAUAGCCUGAGCAUUUAUGGUAGGCUCUGCUGAUGGGGAGAAGCCGUAGUGUAGCAAAGAGUAAGAGGGAGGCUGUGAGCAGUGCGAACAGAGGCAUGAUUGACUGCGCUAACAAGCUUCUUCUAGCUCUGAUUGGUUGCUUCUGACAGUGUAUUUCUGCAUGACAAACGGACCACAGGAAGGAGGCUAUACUCUACUAUCACAACAUAGUGACGCUUUUAGCAAAUUGUAAAAAACAUAUCUUCUUAAUGAAAGUUACAUUACAUACAGGAGAUUUAAAUGUGAAAGCAAAGCUUUGCUCAUCAUCAUGUUAUUGAAUGUCUCUUUAAUAGACUGCUUUUGUUGAAAUAUUGAUGUUUUAUUGAAACACUGAAAGCAGGUUUUUUUUUAUUUAUACGAACAAAUAAUUUUAUAAUUUUACAAUUGGAGCAUUAGCCAAUGUGUUAAACAUAUCAAAAUAUAUUUAAAACCAAAUUUCUUGAAAAGAUUUGUAUGACUGUGUUUUUAAUAAAAAUGUAAUAUGUUCAAAUCUUUUAAAAUUAUUCAGUUAGUUUAUAUCGUAUGAUUCUGUGAACAUUUACUUAGUAAUUAUUACUCAAUUGCCAUUGUAUUUAAAUAGUAAAUAUCAUGAUUAAAUCAAAUUCUAAGUUUCAAGAUGUAAUUUUGAAUUUUUAGACCAAAUAUACUCAUUUAAAUUUAUAA